AUGUCUUCACCCCCCGACCCAUCCGAGGUCCUGCGUGGUUUGUCCCACUUGAACGUGGAGACGUACAUUAAUGUCUGUGCUGUCGUGGUGCUGCUUUACGACUACCUUUUGACGUUGCAUUAUGAAGUCAAAUACAUCUGGCCAUCAAAAUGGAGCCUAUCCAAAGUCCUAUUCCUCUGUACUCGAUACCCGGCCUUUAUUGAUACGAGUCUAGUCAUCUGGCUCCAAUUCGGGCACAACCUCUCACCCAAUGUCUGUACAACGUUGUACGAUCUCAUUGGCUGGCUUAUAAUGUUUGGAAUCGCCGUCGCUGAAUGCAUCAUCAUCUUGCGGACGGUAGCACUAUGGGGAGGCCGGCGGUCGGUCAAGUACAGCCUCCUGGCCGUCUUCACCCUCACCUUCAUCGCUGCCAGUAUUGCCCUAGGAAAAUUUCAAAGCACGACGCGAUUCAUUCCAACAGAGAGUCUAGGGAAUUUCUCUACCGGCAAAGGAUGCCUUGUCGGGAAGGCGAGCGUCGAUGUGAUUGGGACAUACAUCAGCUUUACAGUAUUCGACACUGUUAUUGUCACACUCACGAUGAUCAAGGCUAUGAAAUUAAGACGCCGUAUGUUGCAAACACAAAUUACUCUGUUUGUACUCAAAUGAGCUUCUGCAGUAUCGCGCUCAAGCUUGGUCGAAACUUUGUACAGGGAUGGGAUGUUGUACUACGUGACGCUUUUCUGUGAGCAUUUGUCAAAUGUUCAUUUUGAGUCCUCUGACCUUGGUUCCAGUGUUUUCUUUUGUUAGCGUCGUGAUCAUCUUAGCAGUCGCCUCGGAUUUGAUGCUUCUCUUGCUCGGGUACGCCGGCCGUGUCAUCUCUCUGUCACGUGUCUCACCUCUGUUCAAGGUUUCAACGCUCUCUCUACUCCAUCCUUUCUGGUCGCAUCUUACUGCACAUUCACCGAGCUCGAGAGAAAGAGCCUUUUGACAUAAAGUUGCCUCAUCGCAGAGAGCGUGCCGGAUCCUCAAGUAGGUGAUGAAAUAAGCUCUAUCGAGUCUCUCAGGUCAAUUCUAGUGCUAACACUCGUUCAACAGCUGCCUUCCAGGUUGAUAGCGUCCGUCGGGGGAUAGAAAUGGAUUCAUUCGACGACCAUAGACACGACCGAUGAUCACGACGAUAUUUACUAUGGGACUUCUGCUCUAUAUUAGUUGUAGGAUAAUAUCAGUACUGUAUCACAGGAUGAUUGGGAUAACGGGACUAUCACUAAGGAGUUUUCGGUUCCCCACUUACAUUGAAUGCGAGACUUGAACCGUAAUCAUUGUC